AUGUCAUUCCGAUACAAGAGAUUCGUGAUGAGGAAUAAGAUUAGAGAUAUGAAUCAAACUAAUCAAAUUCCAACAGCUUCCUCUUGUCAAGUUCUUCCAUCUUCUACUCAGCCUCCUCUUCAAUUUCCCAUUCCCCACGUGUUGCCAACCCAGAUGGUCAAUCAGACCGUCUCCCAUCCACUUUCUUCUCUUCAACAGUCCCUUCCAAUCUGCCACAGUGGUCUGGCCAAUCAGAUCCCAGUGACCGGUAUGUUCCCGAAGUACCCAAUGGUCCAUGGAAACACUAUGCCUCUGUUUCCCCUCCUCCAAUUUGUCCAAAUCCAGCAGCUGCAACAGGUACUGGCUUCUCAUAUUCCGGGACUUCCUCCGGUGGCCAACCAACUUCCAGAAGGGCUCAAUGGGCAAAACCAGCAGUUGCAGUAA